AGCUUAGACCAGAUUUGUUAUUGAUUCAAGUGUACACAGAUCAUAAUGGCAAGCUCGAACUCGCCUAACCACCUCGGCGACAUAUCAGACAAGCCAUACUCAGUUGUCCGUGAGUCUGCCGAUGUGUUGAAACAUGGAAUCUUGAACCAUCCAAUUACUGUACCACACCUCAUUAGUGGCUUGGAUAAAUAUGCGGACUCAGUGUCAUUUGAAGGCUCCGACAACCCUUCCUUGCCGGUUAACUGGCGAUUCGCAGAAAGCAUAGCCGCUCUGAAAGGACUGGAGUCGAUAUACGUUAAUGCUAUCUUGGACAAAGUCUAUGGUAUAGCACCUCAAAAAGUGUUAAUUAAUACCGAUCAUGCAUUACUUUUUAUCAUGUCUCUUAUGCUUUGGUCUAUUGAUCCCGAAGGGCGUAAUGUGACCUUUGCGGAUACUCGCACCGAUCCCUCUGCCAAGGCAUUGUAUCAUAGCCUUUUUAAAGACUAUGAUGUGCAUAGAUCUUUGGACGGCCCUUAUCGGUGCUGCACGUCAAAUAUGUACAAGACCAAAGACGGCAAGUUCUAUCAUAUCCACGGAUCUAUGAACCCGGAUAGGAUUCUUGAUAUGUUAAAUCUUCCUCGAGAGCCGCCGACAGAAGAUACUUUCGAAAAGCUUGUGCCAAUAUUUUCUGAAAUAAUUGGCAAAAUGGACAGCCACGAGCUAGACAAGCUAUCAAACGACGUGUGGAAGCAAGCUGGAUCCAUUUGCCAUCCCAUUGAGGAAUAUAGAGCCACGGAGCAUGGCAAAGCUAAUGCCCAUGUCGGUCUCUGGGAAACCUGGAAGUCAAAUGAAAACCAGCCUCCGUGUUGGUGGAGUGACAAUGGGAAGAAACCUAGCGAUCCGUCUCGCCCCUUGUCAGGGUUAAAAGUUCUAGACGCCACUAGAAUUAUUGCUGCUCCCAUUGUCUCUCGUGGCCUAGCCGAACUUGGAGCAAGUGUACUCCGCAUUACCUCGCCAUCUAUCCCGGAUGCGACAUUAUAUCAUCCAGAGCUUAAUUGGGGCAAGUGGAAUGCAUCGCUUGACUUUACGAAAGCAGAGGAUCGCCAGAAAAUGAAGGAAUUGAUCCUCGAAUGCGAUGUUUUCAUUUCGAGUUACCGCCCUGGAGCAUUGGCAAAGUUUGGGUUUGAUGCUGAUGAUGUGUUGGAAAUGUGUAAGGAUCGAGAGAAGGGCAUCAUUGUCGUCAGAAUGAAUUCAUACGGUUGGAACGGACCAUUUCAGGAACGGAGUGGAUGGCAGCAGAUCUCCGAUGCUUUUUGUGGCGUUUCUUAUGAAUUUGGUCGCGCCAUGGGCAAUGACGAGCCAGUGACUCCUAUAUUUCCCAAUACUGACUUUUGUGCUGGUAUUAGUGGCAUUUGCGCCGUCAUGGAUGCAGUAGUGCGACGGGGAGAGGCCGGUGGCUCCUACAAAGUAAAUCUUGCUCUUGAUUAUUAUACCAACUGGCUAAUAAAUAAUGUCGGAACAUACCCUGAAGACGUUUGGAAGCAGCUUUGGGGGAGAUAUGGAUCACCAGUCUAUCGACACCACGACCAUAUGCUCCAACUUCUGUUCAGGAUCAUGCCGUUGCUGAAAGAGCGAUCUGCUUACUUAUUCGACCCAUCCUAUUUCGAGACACGUCCCUGUCCCAAUCUCGGUGUCUCGUUAAGGACGGUAAAGCCUGUUUUGCAAUUUGUAGAUGGAGUGGUGAAACCUGGUUUUACAAUUGGAACUAGAGGAAAUGCAGUGGAUAAGGCACAGUGGCCAGCAGAUUUAAAAACGCAGGUGAUUGUAUAACUGGUGGAAAUUGCGAAAAGUUUAGACAAUAGGCAAUAUAGAAAUAUAUCAAGGUAUUAUGGCCUUUAUACGGAUUAGCAUAUCAGUUAUCUGCGUUACUUGGGUAGUAGUUGGAAUAAACUUAAAU